CAAAAUGGCGGACGGUUGUCAACGAAAACGUCUGGUAAAGAAAUAUAAAAUCGAAGAGGUUACUUUAUGAAAUUUUAAAGUUUCUUAAGCCAUCUAUUUGAGGAACGAUACUUUUUAACUAAUAAGACAUGUUAUGAGUGGAAGAGAUUUGAAAAAGUUCGUUAACUUCCACCGAAGUUCAAUUGGUUCAUCUGACAGUUCUUUGGUUAGCCGACUCACAGAUGGACAUGGGAGUAGCCGCUACAAACCAGUCGAUUAUGAAAAGCUUCAGGCUUUUACUCAGAUUAAACGAGCCGCAGGUGAAAGAACUCUUCRAAAAAUCRAAAAAAUUACAGAACAGAGAAAAGUUUCGAAGGAACAUAACUUACUCCAGCAGCACAAGUCAUGUUGGYUCAAGGAACAAAUUAGAUUGAGCUCUUUACUCAAGAAAUUUCAGAGCGAAAUUGAUGGAUUAAGACCUAACAGCCCUUUAGACUCCAGCACACUAAAAACAUUUUUUAAGGAU